GCAUCGAUUAACAAUUUAAUUUAUAUUAUAGUAAAUUUGCCAUUUCGUAUUUUAAGUGUUGGAUAUAACAUUGAUUUUACAAUUGAAUCAACAUUUUGGUGUAAAUUCAGAAAUUAUCAAUAUGUAAUGCUCGGUCCAAUAUCUUAUACUUGUAUUUGUUUAGCAACAAUUGAUCAAUAUUUUGUUUCAUCAUUAAAUCCUCAUAUUCGACAUAUGAGUAAUAUCAAAUGGUCUCAUCGAAUAUUAAUUAUUAUUAUAAUAAUAUGGUGUCUUCAUGCUAUUCCUGUUUUUCUUUAUGUAAAUAAUGUUCCACCAAAUUCAAUAUGUAUAAAUGCUAAUGCAAUUUAUCGUGUUUAUAUGACAAUCUUUGGUGUUGUAUUUCUUUGUGCAAUUCCUGUAGGAAUUUCUCUUAUCUUUGGAUAUUUAACUUAUCAAAAUAUUCAACAAACCAAAACUCUUGUUGAACAACAUGCUGAUCGACAAAUUAUUCGAAUGACAUUCGUUCAAAUUCUAUUGAUGAUCAUAGCUGAUGUUCCUUAUACAGUUUUUUCAAUUUAUCUUUCAAUUACCAAUCAAAGAUUAAAAAGUUAUGAUCAACAAGUCAAUGAAUAUGUUAUCAUGCAAUUUGCGAUGCUUAUUUCUUAUAUUUGUUUUGUUGUAAGUUAUUUCAUAUUCAAUACAAAUUCUAUUGAAUUAUUUCAUAUUUUAGGCUAA